GAAAGCGAAUAGGAAGUUGUUUUGAGAGGCAGCAUGACACCAAGGGGAGGCAGCAAAAGUAUAAGAAGUGUGGUUUGGCCAGAGGGAAGAAAGCCAGACGAGUCGGAGAGGACAUGGCCGGCUGCCCAAAAGGUUCUUGGAAGCCAAGACUCCAGAGUGUGGUCCUGGGAGCUGUUCAGCUCAUCUGGCUCAGUGCUUUGAUCUCUGAGCUUGUAAUUCAGAAGGAAGUGGCCGCGUGGACCUAUAACUACAGCACGAAGGCAUACUCGUGGAAUAACUCACGGGCAUUCUGCAGGAGGCACUUCACAGACUUAGUGGCCAUCCAGAAUAAGAAUGAAAUCGCUCACCUCAAUGACGUCAUCCCAUUCUUCAACUCUUACUACUGGAUUGGUAUCCGAAAGAUCAACAAUAAGUGGACCUGGGUGGGAACCAAUAAGACUCUCACGGAGGAGGCUGAGAACUGGGCCGACAACGAGCCCAACAACAAGAGAAACAACCAGGACUGUGUGGAGAUCUACAUCAAGAGUAAUCUGGCCCCUGGCAAGUGGAAUGACGAACCCUGUCUUAAACGAAAGCGCGCCCUGUGCUACACAGCCUCCUGCCAGGAUUUGUCCUGCAGCAACCAAGGGGAGUGCAUCGAGACCAUCGGGAGCUACACCUGCUCCUGCUACCCGGGCUUCUAUGGGCCAGAGUGUGAAUACGUCCAAGAAUGUGGCAAAUUCGACCUCCCGACACAUGUUCUCAUGAACUGCAGUCAUCCCCUGGGGGACUUCUCCUUCAGCUCGGAGUGCACCUUCAGCUGUGCCAAGGGCUACGAGCUGACAGGACCCAGCGAGCUGCAGUGUUUGGCUUCUGGAAUCUGGACAAACAGCCCCCCGCAGUGUAAAGCUGUGCAGUGUCAGAGCCUGGAAGCCCCUCCCCAUGGAACCAUGGACUGUAUGCACCCGGUUGCUGCCUUUGCCUUGGACUCCAACUGUAAAUUUGAGUGCCAGCCUGGGUAUCGAGUAAGGGGAUCUGACAUUCUCCACUGCACUGACUCUGGUCAGUGGAGUGAACCAUUGCCAACCUGUGAAGCCAUCGCCUGUGAACCGCUGGAGAGCCCCACCCACGGGAGCAUGGACUGCGUCCCAUCCCCAGGGACCUUCGAGUAUAACAGCAGCUGCACUUUUCACUGUGCAGAGGGAUUCGUGCUGGAGGGAAAGGAUGCCAUUCAGUGUGCCGACUCGGGGCAGUGGACAGCCCCAGCCCCAGUCUGUGAAGCGUUGCAAUGUCGGGAGUUUCCAGUUCCGAGUAAAGCCCAGGUGAGCUGCUCAGACCCCUUCGGAACCUUGAAGUACCAGUCAGUCUGCAGCUUUUCCUGCGAUGAGGGCUCACUGUUGGUGGGAGCAAGUAUGAUAAACUGCCUGGCUACUGGACACUGGAGUGCCGCUCCUCCUGAAUGUCAAGCCGUCUCCUGUACCCUUUUGCUCAGUCCCGAGAAUGGAUCCAUGACCUGUAUCCAGCCUCUUGGGGAUUCCACCUACAAAUCCACAUGCCAGUUCAUGUGCGAUGAAGGAUUUCAUCUAUCUGGACCAGAAAGACUGGAUUGUUCUCCGUCUGGACACUGGACGGGCACCCCUCCCACAUGUGAAGCCAUCAAGUGUCCAGGAAUCGUCGCCCCAGAGCAAGGCAGCCUGUAUUGCUCUCAUGUCCGUGGAGAAUUCAGUGUUGGCUCUGUCUGUCACUUCUCCUGCAACGAAGACUUUGAGCUACUGGGGUCUAAAAAUGUGGAAUGCACAGUGUCCGGAAGAUGGUCAGCGCCGCCUCCAACCUGCAAAGGUGUGACAUCACUCCCUGUCCCAGCGGUCCGAUGCCCCGCCCUCACGACUCCUGGACAGGGCACAAUGUCCUGCCAACACCACUUGGGAAGCUUUGGUCCAAACACCACUUGUUACUUUGGGUGCAAAACCGGAUUUACCCUCAGAGGAGCCAACUGGCUCCGCUGCAGGGCUUCAGGACAAUGGACAGCAGUGCCCCCCUUGUGCAGAGCCGUCAAAUGCUCGGAAUUGCACAUGGACACAGCUGUAGCGAUAAACUGUUCCAAUCCCUGGGGAAACUUUAGCUACGGAUCAACCUGCGCCUUCCACUGUCCAGAGGGGCAGUCGCUGAAUGGCUCUGAGAGGGCAACCUGCAGAGAGGACGGCCACUGGUCAGAUGCCAUGCCAACCUGCCAAGCAGGGACACUGACGAUCCAGGAAGCUCUGACUUACGUGGGUGGAGCAGUGGCUUCUACAACAGGCCUGGCAGCGGGUGGGACACUCCUGGCUCUGCUAAGAAGGCGUCUCAGAAAGAAAGAUGAUGGAAAAUGCCCCCUGAAUGCGCACAGUCACCUAGGAACAUAUGGAGUCUUCACUAACGCUGCGUAUGACCCGACCCCUUAAGAGACCUGGUCUCCCCAUGUCUCAUGCAGAUGUCAGGUUUCCUGUCAGACUCGACUGUAACCCCACGGCCUCUGCUGCGGUUCUCUGUAGUAAAUAAUUGGACUGGAACCUGGAGAAGACUUUCCCACCUCUCCACCCACCCCUUCCUGCUCCGCCCCUCACCUUCCUCCAGCUCAGCCACAGAAACAGAAGCAAACCUUUCUGCUGUGCUGUUACUAAAACACAGGAGUUAGUCCAAGGCACUGGAGCAUCUGCCUCACCGGGUGACCGGGCUCUGGAAAACCGAAGGUCUUUCUCUUGGGAUUGAACAGUAGCGAUGUUGGUGGCCAGGCAAACCUUUGGUUUAAGGGAAUGCCUGCUUUAAGAUCUUCUGGGUCUUCCAUGUUUCAUUUCUAUGAGGUUGUUUACACCUCUGCUGCUGAGACUUUCACAGAAACUUCCAGAUGGUACUAGGGGACACAGAAGAUCAGGAACAAAGCCAGGAUCCUCAUCUGGCUGCAGACUUUCCCUCCACCAAAGCACCCGAAGGUCAUUGUUUGAAUGUAUAAUUCAACUCCCCCAAAUAUCAAGCUCUCCCGUGUUCCGUUCAAGAAGAUCUCAGUUUGUCUACCACACAAUGUAGUCACAGUUACAAUUCUCCAAAUGACAGCUGGACCUUCCAGUGAACCCACAAAUAUAUGUUGUAUGUCCCCUGUCCACAGAGAAAAAACAUCAGAGGGGCAGAAAAGGUCCUCUUUGCAUUGCUGUUCUGCAGGAAAGAACAGAUAUUGUUUUAUAUGUAAUUUAAUUCACAUAUUUAAUAAAUAAGUCACUGAAAAUUA